CUCCUCACACAGAGCAGCCCCCGACCCGGGCGAAUGCGGGCUUGUGCUGCCGCUGCUGCUGCCGCUGCCGCCGCCCGGGCCGAGUGACAAAGGAAGGAAGGAAGCGAGGAGGAGCCGGCCCCGCAGCCGCUGACAGGGCUCCGGGCUGGGGGCAAAGCGCGGACGCUUCCUGAGCGGGCACCGAGCAGAAGCGAGGGGCGGGAGGGCGGCCGCGCUGGUGCCGUGGACGGGGGAGGGGGCCCCGAGGGACGGAAGCGGUUGCCGGGUUCCCAUGUCCCCGGCGUAUGGGGAGCAGUCGAGGAGCCGCUGCCUGGGAUCUGAAGGGAGCUGCCUCCGCCACCGCCGCCGCCAUGGCCGCUGGAUCCAGCCGCCGCCUGCAGCUGCUCCUGGCGCAAUGAGGAGAGGAGCCGCCGCCACCGCCCGCCUCUGACUGCCUCGCGACUCCGCCACCCUCCAGUCCGCCGGAUCCCGCCGCUGCCGGAGCCGCAGCGCUUCCCGUCGCAUCUCCGAGCCACCCCCUCCCUCUCCCUCCCUCCUUCCCAUCCCCCCUUCUUUGCAAGCGUGAGACUCGUGAUCCUUCCGCCGCUUCCCUUCUUCAUUGACUCGGAAAAAAAAUCCCGAGGAAUAUAUAAUAUUCAAAGUACUUAUUUUCAAUCAAGUAUUUGUCCCCGUUGCACGUGAUUUUUUUUUUUUUUUUUUAGGAUUCCUCCUCCCCCCUUUUCUCCCCUACAAGGAAAGGGAGGGGAAAGAAUUGUAUUUUUUUCCCAGCCCCAAAUCAUCUAUAUGUUCAAUAUCCAUACUGAUCUGUCUUGAAGGAGAAAUACAUCGCUCGUUUUUUUUUAUAGCUGUACAAGAGGAGUGAAAAGCCAAGUGGACGAAGUCUUUUUCUUUUUCUUGUGGGAGAACUUAAUGCUGCAUUUAUCAUUAACCUAAUACCCCAACAUAAAACAAAAGGAAGCAAAGGAGGAAGGAAGGAAAAGGUGAUUCGGGAAGAGAGUGAUCAUGUCAGGGCGGCCCAGAACCACCUCCUUUGCGGAGAGCUGCAAGCCAGUGCAGCAGCCUUCAGCUUUUGGCAGCAUGAAAGUUAGCAGAGACAAGGAUGGCAGCAAGGUGACCACAGUGGUGGCAACUCCUGGGCAGGGUCCAGACAGGCCACAAGAAGUCAGUUAUACAGACACUAAAGUGAUUGGAAAUGGGUCCUUUGGUGUGGUAUAUCAAGCCAAACUUUGUGAUUCAGGAGAACUGGUUGCCAUCAAGAAAGUAUUACAGGACAAGAGAUUUAAGAACCGAGAGCUCCAAAUCAUGAGAAAGCUAGAUCACUGUAACAUAGUCCGGUUGCGGUAUUUCUUCUACUCAAGUGGUGAGAAGAAGGAUGAGGUCUAUCUUAAUCUGGUGCUGGACUAUGUUCCGGAAACAGUAUACAGAGUUGCCAGACACUAUAGUCGAGCCAAACAGACGCUCCCUGUGAUCUAUGUCAAGUUGUAUAUGUAUCAGCUGUUCCGAAGCUUAGCCUAUAUCCAUUCCUUUGGAAUCUGCCAUCGGGAUAUUAAACCACAGAACCUCUUGUUGGAUCCUGAUACAGCUGUCUUAAAACUCUGUGACUUCGGAAGCGCAAAGCAGCUGGUCCGAGGAGAACCCAAUGUUUCGUAUAUCUGUUCUCGGUACUAUAGGGCACCGGAGUUGAUCUUUGGAGCCACUGAUUAUACCUCUAGUAUAGACGUAUGGUCUGCAGGCUGUGUGUUGGCUGAGCUGUUGCUAGGACAACCAAUAUUUCCAGGGGACAGUGGUGUGGAUCAAUUGGUGGAAAUAAUCAAGGUCCUGGGGACACCGACAAGGGAGCAAAUUAGAGAAAUGAACCCAAACUACACAGAAUUCAAAUUCCCGCAAAUUAAGGCACAUCCUUGGACUAAGGUCUUCCGACCCCGAACUCCACCGGAGGCAAUUGCACUGUGUAGCCGUCUGUUGGAGUAUACACCAACUGCCCGAUUGACACCACUGGAAGCCUGUGCACAUUCAUUUUUUGAUGAAUUACGGGACCCAAAUGUCAAACUACCAAAUGGGCGAGACACACCUGCACUCUUCAACUUCACCACUCAAGAACUGUCGAGUAAUCCACCUCUAGCUACCAUCCUUAUUCCUCCUCAUGCUCGGAUUCAAGCAGCUGCUUCAACCCCUACAAAUGCCACAGCAGCCUCAGAUGCUAAUGCUGGAGACCGUGGACAGACCAAUAACGCUGCUUCUGCAUCAGCUUCCAACUCCACCUGAGCAAGUCCCGAGCAGCCAGCUGCACAGGAGAAACCACCAGUUACUUGAGUGUCACUCAGCAACACUGGUCACGUUUGGAAAGAAAAUUAAAAAGAGAAAAAAAACCUGUUCAUUUUAGUGUUCAAUUUUUUUAUUAUUGUUGUUGUUCUUAUUUAACCUUGUAAAAUAUCUAUAAAUACAAACCAAUCUCAUUGUAUUCUCACUUUGAGGGAGAUCCAGGGGGUGGGAGGGCUUGUGGGGAGGGAAGCGGAGCACUAGAACACACAAUCUCUCUCCCACGACAAUCUUUUUUUUAUCAGAAGUCUGCUGUUGUAUACUUUAAAAACAGGACUCCUGCUUCAUGCCCCUUCCACAAAAUAAGAAAACUUUGUUCUGUGCUGAAGGUUUUUUGAACUUGUUUUCUUUUAAAGUCAAGUGUAAGACUUUGGUAUAGUGCACAGCUUGAAAUUGGUUGGGAGCUUUUAGCAGGUGUAACUCAGUGGGGACUUAGUGUCACUUGUAAAAUUAAUCCAUAUCCUCGGGUGUUUGAAGACUCGCCUUUGUCGUGUUGGUGGCAGGUGUGGCAGACAAAAAGGAAAGUGUAUCAUUUGUAAUCCAGGGAAGUCAAUAAAAUUGCAACUUUAAGGGGAAGAUUCUUAAUUGAUUUGUCUUUUAAAAAGGUUUUGUUUUGCUCUGAAUUAGUGCUAGUGGUGAAGAAACUUAGUAGGAGGCUGUCAGAGGAGGACCGUGCGUGCUCCAUGGGUGGAUCUUGGUUUGCCUGACCAAAGGUUCUGUGCAGAUCGCAGUACAGUUUUAAACUAGUGACCUAGGAGAAAACUGAAAAAGGUGUUCAGCCGGCCACUCUGGCUGCAGAGGUCAAAAGCUGAUGGACCUCGAGGAAAGGGACAGGCCGGGAGCAGAUCUCACCACUGUGAAUGAAUUUGUCCAGAUUGUUUUCUAAAGUUGCUUCCCUUGGAAAGAUUCACUUGAGGACAUUAUAGUUAAAUAAUGUGAACUGUAACAAUCUACUGGUUUAUUUUUCCUAUUUUUAAUUGCAAAUUGAGCUUGCAGAAAUUGCCACGUUCUGCACAUAGUUCUAAUUUAAAAUCCAAACCAGAAUCUGUAUUUAAUUUCAGCUUUUUUUAACCUCAUGCUUUUUAAAUUUUAUUUAUUGAUGCAUGUCAGAUAGGCCACUAUGAUUUUAGAUGGUAGGAAUAUUAAAAACUACACAUCAAAAUGAUAUGAACAGUCACUUGUACCUGCUGACUUUAUAGGAAAAGCCGAUUAUAUAAAUAUGUGUAUAUAUGUUAUAUAUACAUAGAUUCAAUACUGCCUUUUGUUUUUGUUUUUUUGUCCACAGUAUCAAAAUAACUGGUUGAAGCAUGAGAAGAACAUAUACCCCCCUACACCCAGUUACGAGUUUUUGUUUCUGUUUUCUUUGUGUAUCAGUGAAUGGUGUAAGAAUCAGUCUCUGUUUUUGAAGAAAAAGCAAUAUUCCUUGGAAAGCAAGGAGGAUUGAAGGAUUAUGUUUGCAGUGAGGAAAUAGAUUUUCACAACAACUUUGUUUUAUACUUUUAAGGUUGACAUCUAUGUGGGCCUUAUAUACUCUAAAAUGAACCUUAGUCACCUUGGUGCUUAUGGGCCAUUACUUGACCUAUGAAUCUUUAAGGCACAAUCAGUUGUACUUUACAUGUAAAGAUUACUUGAGUGAUGGCCGCCUUUCCCUCCUCCCUGCUCCCUCCCCGCACACCUUCCAAGGUUAGCUGAUAGCUGUGGGGCUGCAGAGCUGAGCCCUAGACUGUGUGACCUCCUUCCCCCUCCUCAUUGCCCCCUUUGGUCAUGUUCGGAAUCUCGCCCUCCGGGUGAUUUGGAAGUAGAGUCUCUUGACAGCCCUCACGCAGGUCCCAGCACCCUGUCCUGCUCUCCAAGUGUGUGUGACUCUCCCAGAGGGUCCAAAUGCCUGCUGAAGUGAACCAGUACCCAGAAAGGCAACUGUGAGCCAUCCUAGUUUUCACUCACUCUUUGGCUAAGCUCUUAGGCCACAAGGGGGCCUCAAGAUUCUCAAACCUCUGAUUAUAUGAGAGUUCGUGAGAAAGGAAAUACACUCAGUCAAACCAAAUCAAACGAACUUUACUUUUCAUAAUGAGCUUCUGAGAGCUCAUUAAGAUUUGAAAACAGUCUGAAUCAAAGUAUUUGGCAGCAUGAUUCCUAAAGGGAAUGGCUCUGAUAGACGAUUUUCAGAAAGGAUUUAUGAAGAAGCUGAACAGCAGGUCUGUACAGAGAAAUGGACCUGUGUUCAGACCAAACUGCCCCGCCAAACAUUUGGACACAGAUGCUACUCUGGACUUGGUAUACUUGCUGGAGUCCAUAAAAAUCCAUGCUUGUUUUAGGAAACACUCCCCACCCCCCACCAUAAAUGGGGUAAGAGAAGAAGAGAAAGAAGGCAGAUGCUUUUUUCUCACUUUAUUGUUUGUGUGAGGGCUGAGGUGGGUGGUUUUUCUUUCUCAAGGAUCAUGACAGGAUCACAACUCUUUUGUACAAGUGAGAUCCAGGUCUCUGAAUAUCUUUUUGUAAAUAAUAAUAAUAAUAAUAAUAAUAAAAAAGCUCCUCACCAAAUUCAAGCUUGUACAUUAUAUUUUCUUUCAAUGUUUUUAAAUUUAAGUUUUAUUGUUUUGUAUGUAAAUAUGUGGACCCAGGAACUGUUAUUAAUGAGCAAAAAGUUACUGUUCAGGGCAGUGAUUCUGUUUAAUAAUCAGACAAAAUGUAGACGAGCUUUUUAAAGCCAUAUAGUUUUAACUCUGUACAGUAGGUACCGGCCUGUAUUAUUGUAACAAUAACUCUAGCAAUGUAUAGUGUAUCUAUAUAGUUUGGAGUGCCUUCGCUGCCAUGUAUUUGUUUUUGUUUUGGUUUUGGUUUUCAUUUUUGAAUUUUAAUUGGUUUCUCUAUCCAUGUCUCCCUGUCCCACCCUUUCCCCUUGAGAUAGUAGCUCACUCCUAACACAGUGUCUUUGCCCCUUCCACGGUUAAGUUGCAGUGAUGCCGUGCUCAGGAGUGGAAAGAGGAAACCAUGUUCAUAAUCUCGUUUCAUUCACGCCCUCCCUGUGUUCUGAUUCUGAGCAUCUGUUUCCUCCUCGGUAGCAGUGACCGGUUUCAUUUCAUACUUAGUCCAUCCAGGGAGUUAGAGUAGUGCCAGGGAGCCCUAGAGCUGGAGGAUAGCAAAUAGAUUAGCUUUUGCCUGUCUUCACCCCAAACCCUAACCAUGGAUCUUACAAACAGCAGAUUGCAGGAGCCUUCCAUGCUCUCUCUCCUCCUUACCUACUUCCCUUGCAAAUGAGAGAGAGAGAGAAACAACGGGUUUUAUAAAUCAGAGUUUCUUAGUAGUGUCAGGUUUUGAUACGUCAGUGGUCUAAACUGCUCUAGUGCGAUUACUAGGUUACUGCACGGGGUGCCCCGGGCCCAUAGAGGACUGUUGUUUUAGCCCAUCCCUCCCUCCUGCCGCUUCCACCCCAUUCCAUGAAAUGUCAUUAUUUUAAUUAAAAAAAAAAAUCAGUGUAAUUCUUACUGUGUGCCCAUCAUGAAGGCCUUUGUUGAAAGAAAAAAGUCAAGAUUAUUUGUUUUGCCUCCAAGUACUCCAUAUAAGAUGUCUUGAGUAGAAGAAAAAACAAACUUUACAAAACCAAAGGUUGCUAUUUUUGAAACAUCGUGUGUUCAUUCCAGCAAGGCAGAAGACUGCACCUUCUUUCCAGUGACAUGUUGUGUCAUUUUUUUAAGUCCUAAUUUUUAGACACGUUUUUGGUUUAUGUUUUAACAAAGCCUGCCUAACCAGUCAUCUUGUCUGCACCAAUGCAAAGGUUUCUGAGAGGACUGUUGUAUUCUCUAUCCCUGUGGAUAUAAAGACACUGGCAUUUCAUUUCUUUUUCCCUUCCCUUUUUAAAGGAUUUAACUUUGGAAUCUUCCAAAGGAAGUUUGGCCAAUGCCAGAUCCCCAGCAGUUUGGGGGUUUUUCUUUGUUUUAAACCAAAAUUGUAUCUGAUUCCUCUUGUUCAUGUUAGCCAUCAUCUAAUCACAGAGCCGAACACUUUCUCCCCUAUAUAGAAAAAUGAACUAAGCGUGCUUUACAAUAAAAUCUGUCUUUUCUGGUAGAAGCCUGAGCCACUGAAAAUAAGAGAGACAACUAGAAGCACAGUAGCGUCCCAGACUAAGUUCUAUGUUCGAGAGGCUUUGAAAGUAAUCCCUGGGGUUUGGAUUAUUUUCACAAGGGUUAUGACUUUUGUUCAAGUUUGUUGCUCCGUUUUGCACCUCUGCAAUAAAAGCAAAAUGACAACCAGUACAUAAGGGGUUAGCUUGACAAAGUAGACUUCCUUGUGUUAAUUUUUAAGUUUUUUUCUUACUAUAUCUGUCUACAGGCAGAUACAGAUAGAUGUAUGAAAACGUGCUUGCCUGUAAAAUUUGCAUUUCUAAAUGUGUUGCCGAUGGAUCACUUGGGCCUGUACACAUACCAAUUAGCGUGACCACUUCCAUCUUAAAAACAAACCUAAAAAAAUUUAUUAUAUAUAUAUAUAUAUAUAUAAAGGACUGUGGGUUGUAUACAAACUAUUGCAAACACUUGUGCAAAUCUGUCUUGAUAUAAAGGAAAAGCAAAAUCUGUAUAACAUUAUUACUACUUGAAUGCCUCUGUGACUGAUUUUUUUUUUUUCAUUUUAAAUAUAAACUUUUUUGUGAAAAGUAUGCUCAAUGUUUUUUUUCCCUUCCCCGUUCCCUUGUAAAUACAUUUCGUUCUAUGUGACUUGGUUUGGAAAUAGUUAACUGGUACUGUAAUUUGCAUUAAAUAAAAAGUAGGUUAGCCUGGAAA